AUGUGCUGCACACAAGCCGCCUCAUCAUUCAGUUGUUCGUCUGUAUACACGCAUUUGACCAUAUCACCUACAUCCGGCGUUCUCUACACACCUGAUGAGACCACGCUAUUGAUAUCAUUCCACCUGGGAUCAUCCCAGCAUCGAAUCUGGCUAAAAAUACGCAAAAAAAUCGUUCAGCUUUUGGUGCUUAACUACCGUGCCACCAGCGAAGGAAGCACGAGGCUUAGGAUACCCCCAUGUUACCCAAGCCUAGACAGGGGAUGUCGAGAGGCAGAGGUCGGGUUCGAACCACAGACCUUCCGGUCGUUAAAACAACUAAAAGUAUUUAGCUCAAGUGACACGAUUCCUCCACCGUGGAUGUUGAAAGUGAAUGAAUCGAAUCCACUGAAAUGCCCCUCCUCUGAGAAAUCGUGGAGUACCCUAGACGACACACAGUUGUCACCUCAGAGUGACGGACCAGCAAUGGACACACGCAGUCACGUGGAUGAUCCGCGCUUUAUCGGCACUGAUACGGGGACAGAAUCGGAAAGAUCUCAUUCCGGUAUGAUGCUAGACCAGAGUCAGUCAGAUUCCUCGCUGAGUCAGACUACCGCAGCACCACGCCGUAAUUCCAUCUUUGAAGAAGUCCUGGCUGAGUUGAACGCGUUUGCCGAAGACGUCCUAACCAAAGAAGAGACACACCAAUCCAGUUCACCUGUGCAACAUCAAAGGUCUGACCGAUGUAAAGGGAUUUUGCGAAAAUUGAGCAUGCUCUGCGACGAUGAGGAAGAGGAUGAGGGUGAAGACGACAUUCAAGAAGUGAGAUCAUCCUCCAGAGGAUCGCAAAGCGUGCAUAUCACGGACGCCGUGGAAGCUAUUCAACACCCGCUCCCAGUGUCUUGUCGUGUGCCGUCUCCAGUACGCCUGUUAGUGUGUUACUUUGAAAUUUUGUCGGAACUGGAUGAAUUUGUCCGCGACCGCGAACGGACUUUAUGGCCUCGAUACAAACAGUGGGCGAACUUGGUCGAUUUGUCAGCUGCCCUGUUACGCAUGAUCAGUGUGCCCGGUCGGAAAGACCAGGGUCGCGACAUACCGACUGAAGAAGCGACCUGCGUAUUUGGUUUACGCGUACUCACCUGUCUGCGCGAUACGAUUCUCAUGUCGCCCGUUACGUUGCAUCGGUGUCUCAGGCUCAGGAAUCCAGGGGCCAGAUCCGAUGAAGCCAGACGGGUGUUACGAGUGUACAUGCACCGGAUUGAGACAACUUUGGAAGAACAUCGAUGCUGGCUAGCCCGACUGGCUGAACAAGAACUCAGUUUAGAGCAACCUACACCACCGUCAAUAGAACAGAUCGCUCAAAUUUACUCGCAGAGACUUGUAGCGCUUCACACGGAGCUGAUGACAAGGUUAUCUUCCACGCCUUGCCCUCCGAACAAGGACAUCAAUGCAAUUGGAGAUACAAGCAAAUACUCUCCGGAGUCAAUUCCUUCAGCUGACGUGUGGGAUUGCUUGAUUUCCUGGUGUAUACGCCAAUCUCGAUUCCUGAAGCGGUACCUCGCUGAACCAUGGUAUCCAGUCGACAACUGGAAACGUGAUAUCACCGAAUCGCCUGAUCAGAAGAAUCUCAUGGACUGGUGCCAGUCGGAAAUUGAUGAAUGGCACAAAGCUGAACAAUUCCUCAAGGAUCAAUUUGUAACCAUAACCCGGAUUGCCGACCGUGUGCAGUUCAUGGCCCCGAAACAGUGCUCGUCGCCGGUUGUGUCGAACCUGCUCGAGGAACUGCAUAGCUUGGUCGACCAGGCUUUGGAUCGUGCCACACAGAUAAACUUUUUACGACAAAUGUGUACCCUACCCAAUGGUCUUCUAGGCCUCAUUCAGCACAUUCAAGAAUUGGAACAGCAAGUGCAUUCGUUCACUUUAACCAACCCCGAUGGCCCGAGUCGAACGGAGGUGGAGUUGCGUAUCCGUCAACUUCAACACCGACUGAGCAUUGAGUGUGCAUUUAUAGUUCGUUUGUCCUCACUAAUCUCGACCUCGGUACAUUCGGAUGAGGCUGGGAUACACCCGUACGACGCGUGCUGGUUCACUGUCUGGACUAAUCGAAUAUCCGAGGCCUACCAAAACCUCGUACAAAAUUGGGACAGUCGGGUUAAGAGUCAGCGCAUGGAGGUCUUGUGCCAGGCGUUCAAAGCAUGGAUCAAGUGCGCCGAAGAGUGCUUGACCGCUAUCUCUUUUGGUGUGAGGCCAUACACACCGAACAAUCUACUCCAGGACAGCAAUCACUUCCCGCUGUUGUGGUGUCUUCUGUGUGAUGCAGACUUGUUGCUCGAGACUGUAUGGCACUUGGAAAACUCUCCUGCACUCGAAGCCAACGGCAGUUUGACAAAAACUAUGAUCCCCAAUGAGUUUUCCAGUCGUUUGGGCGAAAUAAGGAGGCAGGUCGAAUUCGUGCUCGCAGGCUGCCGACAGAAUGCGACUCUCAUUCCAACUUUACUUCAGAGGCUCGAACAGAGCUUACGUAACUCGAAAACAGAGCCAGUAUUGUCCCUGAUGAAUGUGGCGGUCAACGGUGAGUAUCAGAAAGAAAUCAAGGUCGAUGGACUUCGCACACUGGUAUACCGCCUAAGUGACUGUGAGAGACACUGGGAACGUCGACUUCAGUUGACACAACGAAUGCUCAAUUUGGUUGGGGGACCGGAAUAUGGCAACUCAGAAUGCAUCCAGCGAUGGUCCGCUUCCUUGUGUCUGAGACGUGACCGGCUGGUGAAAGUGCUUGCUGGCCUUCAGCGGAUUCGACGAACCAGUGAACUUGUCGAAGUGGAACGGUUUCCAUUAAGACUAUUAUCUUCAUUUGAAGUGCGGUUCGUGCGUGAAGAAACUCUGCGUCGAGAACAAGUUUUUCUAGAAGCGCUGCGUUUUGGCUUGGACGAGUUGCGUGUAGAGUCCAAGAUUGUCACAGACAGUUUGUCGGUCUUCGAUCCGCAAGGUUCCAGCUCCAACUCGUUGUGCACAACGUUGGAGGAACUGAAGCACCUGUUCUCUCGAAUGGUUCACGAUCCACGUCUGGGUCAGUCAAGCAGCGUCAGCAUGCCUCGUGACAAGUUCACCACCCACAUUCAAACACAACUACAAGAAGCUGACAAAUUCUAUGAGACCGUCUCGCUCAUUGUUCGUUCAGACUGGGAGCUGACAGCCAACUCCGAUCAGUGCCAAUUUCAGUGCAGUUUACUGUCGAACACAAGUGGCGAGAUGAACAGAGCGAACAAGUCCAUUAGGAAUCGACUGAGGAUACUGGCAAUCAAGCGCUUGAAGCUACUAGUUUCAGAAUGGCGUGACUGGAAGGCGAAGUGCACCCCGCUCAAACUGUCCCCCUACACAGCCGGGUUUUCUUGGACCCCGAUCUCCUUCUCUAUCAAGCAUAUGCAAGGGUUCUCCGAACAGGACUCAUCACCCCUGAUGGCCUUGGCUGAGGAGCAAGAAAGCUGUCUCAAAAUCCAGCUGGAAUCCCUGCAGCAGUCUUCCAUGGACGAUGGAUUUGCACCACAGAUGCACAAUGACUUACACGAGCGAGGCUGUUCAUGUCCACAAACCGAGAUUGACUCGAUCUUGGAUGACGUCCAAACUCAGUUGGAUGGUGCGGAUGCGUUGGACUUGUUUGCAAUCGAAAAACUUUUGUAUAUUCUGUUCUCUGUGCAAAAACCUGCGGAAUCAGAGGACCCUUCGGUUGAUCGUUCGGAGGAUAUGCAAAACAGAGCUGUGGAAAUUCUGCAGUCUCUUUGGUGUCGCACACUAUCGAGCCCGGAUCAACACUGUCUUGUGGACGAAUAUUUCCGAAGCAAGAAAGUCAUUCUGACAGAAUCGUUGCCUGGUGAAAUUUCGGAGGAGAAAAGUACCUUUCAGGUAUCUGUGAAUGAACGAGAGAAAAUUAUCUUGGACUUCAAGGUUAUGGACACAAUGCUCAGCACACUACAACAGGCCGUGAAUAUGGUUCCCCCUGGCACGUGUGAAUCUCCAUUGCAAUGGUUGGAUAGUAUACGCCCCACUUGGGAGCGCGUCCGAACAGAUGUACUUUCCGAACCACAAGUCUGCUGCCAAAACACACAGCACGCAUUGGCGGACAUUUUAAGCGGUGUUGAAGAUCGUGUCGAUUUGGCCACGCAGUUGCUACCGAUCGAUUCCGAAUUUGGCCAGGACCGACUACAGCAGGCAUAUCGCCACCUGGAGCUAGCUUGUUGGUUAUACGAAAAACAGGGGCACCCCGACAACUCUGGACACCAAAACCAAGUCGGGACAGUGUCUUCAUCAAAGAUCAAACAAUUAGGUCAGAGAAUUGGUCUUGUGGAAAACUCGCUUCACUGCUAUCAAGCUCUCAACGCCUUGUUCGAGGAAAUCGUUGGAGCUGAUGAGCUCCAACCGGCUGUGUUGGAGAUGAACCUCGUAAAACUGGAUGUCCUGGAAGCCCAGCUGGACAACCUCUUGUCUGCCGUAAACUCUACUGCUAAGAAACGACAGCCAGAUCAGACUCCACAAGCUCGGAACUUCUCGGAACGUCUGUCUUCCAAGCAGAUUCAAUUGAUCCGCCACAUUUUGUUCAAUCGUCUACACUACCACGAAUUUCUUGUUUCCGCUCCUGUUCGAAGACACCAGCGGCUGAACUAUUCUCUACUUCAGGUGGACAAUUGUCUUGACCUGGUUGUACAUCAACUCAGACGAUUCUUGGAUGUCCGGCAACCGGAACACCCCUCUGCAACUUACGCGUUGUUGUUGAGACUUCCAAAUGAUGCUUGCAUUGCACAGCUCCCUCCCCAACUGACCUUCUUGGACCAGUACUGUGAAGAGGUGAGGAGCUGUAUCUCUGAAAAGCCCAUAACCUAUCCGCUACAUCUCAGAGAGUUGGGUCGUGUGGAACAAUACCCGGAGGAUGAUGGAACAUCCGCCUAUGUGGCAGAUUUGAUGCGGCAGAUUGCCUCCUCACUGCUUGAUCGUGCUCAAAUUGGCGAGUACGCGAAAGGACUGAGGGAUUGGUCCGAGAAACUACACGAUCUUGUUCGUGCUUUGUCGGACCAUGUCAGAGAGCUUGUUGACACACAAAAGCAACUUCGUUCGGCCCUACCCAAUUUGACUGGUCUACAUCUUGGAGAACUCGCUGAGGCAGUCGCCAUUUUGGAAGUACGGGCAGAUGCAGACCGAAGUGGUCAAUCCGGCCUGCACUCCACUACUCAAGGACUUUUGGCUCAGCACAUAAAAAACGCGGGACGUCGAUUGAUGGAGUUGGAAACUGGCUUGGAACACAGUUCAGAGUGUACACGCGUGCUACUUCUCUUGUCUCAAGGGGCCAAACACUGGAAGAAACCUUCGCUUGAAGAUCGGCGAGUCAGCCUCCGAGAGGACUACGAGCACUCAUUUGUCUGUCAGCAACUGCGUUCUGCAUGGUCCCGUUUGGCUCAGUUGGGGGAUCGGCUUGGACGAAUACAAGCCGGCUUGCCAGCCCGUUCAUUUUUGAACGAAAGUAUCGGGACCUCGUUCAACGGAGCCACCGAUGUAAAAUCGAUACCUGAUGUGCGCAGCCCUGCCCAAUUCUCUAAGACAUCAUUCGAACCCUCAAGUCGUCUAAACGCGGAAGAACUGCGGCGGAAACGGUUGAAUUUGCGUGACCUUUUGGGCUCUCAUAGCUGCGUCUAUCCCGAAUGUAAACGAGCUCGAGAGGAAUGGGCGACGUGUCGUACGGUUGUAUCCAAAGAACAGUUAUCCAUGGAUGCACAAGUGCGCCAAGUAUUCAUCGAGCUGGUUCACUUCUACGCGCGUUUGAGGAAGGAUCUGAUUGAACAUCGUGAACCGGCUGGGAUCGAGGAUACAAGGUCAUCCCAUUCGGCGAUUCGAGUCAAAUGGCACUGUAACACUAGCAUGACGGAAUGCUAUGAGAAUUUGAUGGAACGAGUCAGACAGUUGAGUGCCUGUGAACUGCCCCAAGUGGUAAAGUUGAGGGCGAAGGCAAAAUCCUUGGAACAGUUAUGGGUUGGACCCCGGGGAGAAUCAUCCCAACUUGAGCUGAAAAGAUUAGGAUCUGGGUCAGAGAAUGGACGAGACGUCUUGGAUCACGAUUUUGUCAAAAGUCUGAACGGAAGAAGUUCAGUGAGCUCCACUGAAUCAUCUUCAGACAUUCACAUCCAUCUUGGUGAUCAUCUUGAAGGCGAGCGUUUACUGAAUGGAACCCACUCGACUCGGACAACAGCAACAUUACAUUUGGCGCAGGCCGACAGAUCGGAACAAGCUAUCGACUUUACUCAAGCUCCAAUUUCUGUCCGCAGGCUGGCCUGCCCAGCUCAGCUUGCUUCUGCGUCAAUCGGUGCCGAAGAUUCGAUGUUUUCUGUUAUCGGAGAUGUAUCCGAGGCUUCGAGUAAUUUAUCUGUCUCCGGUUUGAAUAAUCCUGUCGAUGACGGUGAGCGCAUGCAGGAAAAGAACCAUUCCGCCUGGGUGACAGAGCCAUCACACCACUUGGCUGUGCACAAUGGAUCAUCCAAAACGACUGAAAAACAUUUAGCUAAACAAGACCAAGCUAUGGAGAUGGACCAACCGUUUGCUUCUGUUCGCAAAUCCGACGAGUCCAGAGUCAAAACUUCUUUCUUGUCGGUGGAACACAAAGAAUUUACGUUUUCGGUUGACAUAAAGUACGCGACCGGUGAAUCGGUCUUGGAUUCGAGCAAUCCCUCAGGUGAGCAUCACGCUGAGUGUAUGUUGAACGGGGACCGUUCCGCUCAAAUAGCGGAAGCACCGCACUCGGAGGAAGCAGGUGUCGUUGCGCUCGGAAAAACCUCCGAAGACACUGACGAUGGCCAAAAAUCAGCUCCCCUUUGGGGGUUUGACGGCCUCAAAUCAGGGUCUGACACUGACGAUGGCCAAAAAUCAGCUCCCCUUUGGGGGUUUGACGGCCUCAAAUCAGGGUCUGGUUUUCGAUCCGUUUGUAAUGAGUUACCUACACUUCCUGCUGACACGAAGAUGGCACUCUCCCCCUCUGACGAUCAGUUUGGAAUUCAACGUCUUUUGAGCGGAAAUCGUUCACAGUCACAACUGAAGCGAGACAAAGAUAAGCCCAUUUACCGAACUCCCGAACAGCGAUCUGAACAAGAACAAGAAACAGGAGUUGAUCAAAAUCCAGCUCCCUUUGGAAUAGCUGAUGACCUGAAAUCACCACCUGCCCUUUCUCCGGUUGAUCUUAAGGAAAAUGUAGAUCCUGUGAAGGUGAACAUUUCCGGGGCUCCGGGUGACGAAAAAUCACCUGCAGUUGACACACCAACCUCUUUGUUGAAUGCAGCUCGACAAGCACAGUUGAUGAAGUCGUAUCUCACAAAACACAGACGUGACAAGCGAAGACAUCGAAAACAACAGAAAAAUUCCGAAAACACCGUUGCUUUCAUUGGCACAACGGAAAACAGGCAGAAUGGUCACGCAACUACCGAACGUGGUCGGGUGGAUAGCCAGCAGACUGUUUCAGUUCACGACAGACCCCAAGUGAAGCCGUUCGUGAGCACUGAAGUUCAUAUUGAACUUUUAACUCAGACACCUCCCGGAACCUAUGAAGUUUCUCGGAUCGCAUCACGAACGAACUCUUCAGCUUCCGAAGAAGCCGGCAGCAAUCCGCUUCCAGAUGAGGAAUUAAAUCACCUAGACGAGUCAUCCCAAAUCCAUCCUGCAGUGUCAGCUUCGAGUCCUUUCUCAAACUUAAUGGUUCCAGAAGUACGAAACGGACUGGAGCAUUCGACAAAACAGUCUCAUCAGCCUCUCAGAUCGUUGUUUCCGCAGCCAUUAGCUUCAUCCACACCUUCGUAUCCAGCGUCUGAUUUGUUACCCGCUCCGGUCAAUGGGUUGGGCAUGCGUCCAGCCCUACAACCGACUGCCGUUCAGAGUUCCAACGAAAACGGUGUGGCUGAAGAAUCACGCACUCCUGAAAAAGAAACUGACAAAGAUUUAAUACGUUCCGGUAAUGGGAUGCCCAUAAAACAGUCAACCGUCCCUACAGUUGUUAUGGAUGGUAUGCCGACAACUCGCGCACAAAUUACACAUCACGCAAGAAGAACUCAAACAGACACCCCAUUGCCAAUCACACAAGAAAAUUCGCAGAGCAUCAACACCGAAACCAAAGAGGACUAUGGCAGAAAUGAUACAGAAUGGAUAACCGUGCAAAGGGACAUCCACCGAAAACGAACAAAAAGCAAGAAACCCCGCGCGAAGACACCGAAAAAAGCUAGUAAAAUACAACCCGAAAAAUUCAAGAAUGACGACGCCGAAACAAAACCCCGAUUAGCAGGUCAAACAAUUAUUCCGCUUAACACCCAAUUAGCUGCGGGGAAAGGAGAAACUAAAGAAGCCCAAAAACAACCAAAUAGUCCUAACACCAAGGACAUACCAGACGGAACAACAUACACACAGGAGAAACAUCCGCAACAGCAUAUUAAGCAAACGAUGGAAAAACUCAACCAGCUUCAGAAAACCGUG